AUGAUACAUCUCUCAGUUGGAUUGUCUUAUGAUGAUGAUCAUGCGUAUGCUACUAAAAUGAAGUGCAGGGACAAUGAUGUUUUCACCAAUCGACGACCAUCUAAAUUUUGGACAUACAAAAGACCUCAUAGAUCUCCCACAAAUUCUGAUACUCCUUUGCACAUUUUGGAUGGAGCUCUACGGUUUGGACACAUAUCUGACGCGUUUCUCUUUCCCCAUACUUCUUCCCAUUACUCCUCCCAGUCAGCUUCAGCCGUUUCCAAUUUCCAUCCCAUUACGAAGAUUGUGAACCCAAAUAGCGAGGCUACAUCAAGUUUAUUAUCUAUUGUGUCAUCCAGAUAUAAGCUUCAAAGAACAGAGAUUUAUAUGUAUGAAGAUGAUCAUUUAUUGAUACUUCAUCGAAAUCAAAGAAUAAAAAUUAAUCUUUACAGAUUGGAAUAACUCUGUUUUGCUUCUGAUCAUGGAAGUGUUGUUGAUUUAUUGACCAUUCUUUUUGUAAUGGGAGGGUUCAUCCGGUAUUAUUAUUAUGUAAUUAGAAAGAAAAUGACGAAAAUACCAUG